CUCCCCCGACACACGCGCCGGCAGAUCUGAUCGACUGUCCCAACUAGAAAGUCCAGUUCCACCGACCCGAGAGCAUCAUGACACAAGACUACGACAAUAAACGGCCGGUGUUGGUGCUUCAGAACGAUGGGCUGUACCAGCAGAGGAGAUCCUACACCAAUGAGGAUGAAGCCUGGAAAUCCUUUCUUGAAAACCCUCUCACAGCUGCCACCAAAGCCAUGAUGAGCAUAAAUGGAGAUGAAGACAGCGCAGCCGCCUUGGGACUUUUAUAUGAUUAUUACAAGGUUCCCAGGGAAAGGAGGUUGUCGGCAGCAAAGCAGGAGCACGACCAUGCGGAUCAUGAGCACAGCAAAAGGAAUGGUUUGCCUCAGAUCAAUGAACAAGCCCUGCUUCCAGAUAACCGAGUGCAGGUACUGAAGACGGUGCCCUUUAACAUAGUGGUGCCCCUGGCCAACCAGGUGGAUAAAAGAGGUCACCUGACCACGCCGGACACAACAGCUGCAGUCUCCAUCGCUCACCCCAUCAAAACCGAAUCCCAGAGCCAUUGCUUCUCGGUGGGUCUUCAGAGUGUGUUCCACACGGAACCGACAGAACGGAUUGUCGCCUUUGACCGAACUGUCCCUUCUGACCACUUCACCUCUAACAACCAGCCCCCUAAUUCCCAGAGGCGCACCCCUGACUCCACAUUUUCCGAAACAUAUAAGGAAGAUGUACCAGAGGUUUUCUUUCCACCUGACCUGAGCCUACGAAUGGGCAGUAUGAAUUCUGAAGACUAUGUUUUCGAUUCUGUUGCUGGGAAUAACUUUGAAUAUACCCUUGAGGCAUCGAAAUCCCUCAGGCCUAAACCUGGGGACAGCACGAUGACGUAUCUGAACAAAGGCCAGUUUUACCCCAUAACUCUAAAGGAGAUUGGCAGCAACAAAGGAAUACAUCAUCCAAUCAGUAAAGUUCGGAGUGUGAUUAUGGUUGUAUUUGCUGAUGACAAAAGCAGAGAGGAUCAGCUCCGCCAUUGGAAGUACUGGCAUUCACGGCAGCACACGGCAAAGCAGCGAUGCAUAGACAUAGCCGACUACAAAGAGAGUUUUAACACCAUCAGUAACAUUGAGGAGAUUGCCUACAACGCCAUUUCUUUUACCUGGGACCUGAACGAUGAAGGAAAGGUGUUUAUAUCUGUGAAUUGCCUGAGUACAGAUUUCUCCUCCCAGAAAGGCGUGAAAGGGCUGCCUCUGAACCUUCAGAUUGACACGUACAGCUAUAACAACAGGAGUAACAAGCCAGUGCACAGAGCCUACUGCCAGAUUAAAGUCUUCUGUGACAAGGGGGCAGAGCGUAAAAUAAGAGACGAGGAACGUAAACAGAGCAAGCGAAAAGUCCAGGAUGUUAAAGUGGGGCUUCUUCCAACUCACAAGAGGACUGACAUCACUGUGUUUAAGCCUAUGAUGGAUCUGGACACUCAGCCUGUCCUGUUUAUCCCAGAUGUCCAUUUUGCCAACCUCCAGCGCACCACCCAUGUUCUUCCCAUUUCUCCGGAGGACAUGGAAGGCGAAUUGAACCCUGGAAUGAAGAGAUUGCCCUUCUCCCCUGAAGAAGAUUUCAACACACCCCCUGCUAAGCUGCCACGGGUGGAUGAACCAAAAAGAGUUUUGCUCUACGUCAGGAGGGAGACGGAGGAAGUUUUUGAUGCUCUGAUGCUUAAAACACCAACUCUUAAAGGAUUAAUGGAGGCUGUCUCUGAAAAAUAUGAAGUCCCCAUUGAAAAGAUUGGAAAGAUUUUUAAAAAAUGUAAAAAGGGAAUCCUGGUCAACAUGGAUGACAAUAUAAUAAAGCACUACUCCAAUGAAGACACAUUCCAUCUACAGAUUGAAGAGUCAGGUGGCUCCUACAAACUGACGCUCACUGAGAUUUAGGCAUUCACUAAAGGACCCCAAUGGACCUACACUUAAACCAAUUAGUGACUUGCUUUGGGGAAUAAAAUCCAAGCUUGGUUAUAUAAGCUGAACCAUUGACCACCGCCUUCAGUGCUUCAUGGACUUUGCCUGCUGGGAGAAACCACGUUCUGGGCAAUGUCAUAACGGCUUACCCCACAAGUGACCAAUCACAAUCAGAUUGAGAAUAUUCUGUGUCAUUGGGAGUUUUGCCCAAAUGUGUUACAGGAAGCUCUGGCAGGAACAAGUGAGAAUAUGGUGAACUGGUGAAGAGAAGAGACCUAUCCACUAAGAGUAUUGACCCAACUAAGCUGCAUUGCCUUGGAACAGCAAUUAUUGGCAUAUUACAAAUAUGAACUUUUAAUAUGCAUUAUAUUGUUUCUCUAUAUAGAAAACCAAGUCAGGCUUGAAGUUCAGUCUAUCCUUCUCUUUAUCUAUUGAAUGGCACCUGUGCAUGCCAGGAUGGGGCAUUUACACUGCCAGAGGCACCUACAAUGUCUUGCAAUGUCAGGGCAGCCAAGGCUGUUGCUUCUUCUUUCCGUGCAACUUACAACUAACUGCCUUGUAUGUGAAGAACAAAAAUGUGGGUUUUACGAUUGUAAAUAGAAAGUGCAAUACAUUUUUUGUAUUUGUAAAUGUGUAAAUAUAUUUUCAUAUUCCUCAUAAAUAAUAUAUAGCCAUUUUUGGGAUGUGUACAUAGAGCUUAGAUAGGCAAGCUCUGUGAUAAGGAUGACAAACCGCAUGCUUUCUGGAAAACUCAUAUUUUGAGAUGGAGGGGAAGAGAUGCUCAGCGUUGAUUAUUUGCUUCUUUGCUAAAGUAUGGUUACAAUCUUAUCUCUUAUGGAUAAGGGCAGUUUAUAACAUUAGUUGAUGGGAUACUUUCCCAGAAUCUUGUAACUACCGGUCAGUCUCUUUCCAUGAGCAGGUGUCCGGCGCAAUUAUUUAGGCAGACCUUAAUGUGCUGAAGCUCCUCAAAUCUCCUCUUAAAAAACAUCCACUGGGAACCACAACUAUUGGAAGUCUGAAGCCUUGACAGGAUCUUACUUUCUAUCUUUCCCUUUAAUUCUAAAAUGUAUUCAUCUAGUGACGUCCAAGGAAAAAAAAUGCUAUUUGACAUACAGCAUUCCUUUUAUUAAAUUAUUUCAGGGGGUGGUGGGAAGGGGCAUUUUUAUCAAGUUGCCAUCUGAAUGACUGUCUCAGUAGAGGCAAAAACCAUUAUAAAUGAAAUUUUAUGCAUUCUGUAAAAUAGAUGUCGACAUAGUAUUCAUGGACAACUCUAGUUAAUGUUUAGAUUUGGUUUUGCCUGGCAUAGACACCAACGACCUAUUGUGUUUCCGAUUAGACCGUCUAGAAAACUGUAUACGCUAUAAAGCCAAUUCUGGAAGAGAAAAGUUUACAAAAUACCUGUAUUUUAAUUUCCUGCUGUCGCAGAAGCUAUAUCUUGGUUUUACAGGUACCUU